GUUCUUCUGUCAAUGUGUCAGUACCGUUUUGAGGCAAACGUGGUUAGGAAUUGAAUGUUUACUGUAUCAAAAAUAGUAUAUCAUUCACGGUUAAUACCUGAUAAUUUAAAUUAACUCCUAGUAUUAAUAGAAGUGUGAAGAACAGAAUUUCGUGGGCAACAUGGACAAGGACGAUCACAAUUCUAAAUCGAAGAGAAGUAGAAAGAACGAAAGAGAUAAUGAUUCAAAUUCGGAUGAUGAUUAUGUAGCUUAUGUUCCUGUGAAGGAACGGAAGAAACAACAGCUUAUGAAGCUUGGUAGGUUGGGGCAAUUGAAGGAGGAAGGUACCAGUGGGUUUGGAGCAAAAAGUAGCAGUGAAAAUGAAAAGGAUGAAGGGGAUGACAACGACGGUCAAGUAUGGGGAAGAAAGUCCAAUAUCUCUCUCCUGGAUCAACACACAGAAUUGAAGAAACUGGCCGAAGCAAAGAAAGAAAGCGCUAUGGAGAGGCAACUGAAAGAGGAGGAGAAGAUUUUGGAAAGCGUCGCUGAAAAUAAAGCUCUUAUGGGUGUUGCCGAACUUGCAAAAGGCAUUCAAUACGAAGACCCUAUAAAGACAAGCUGGAAACCACCCAGAGCUAUCCUAAGUCUUGGCGAAGUACGGCACGAAAGGAUCAGAAGAAAACUCAGAAUUUUGGUGGAAGGGGAGGAAAUUCCACCGCCUUUAAAAAGCUUCAAGGAAAUGAAAUUUCACAGGGGAAUUUUGAACGGGUUGGAAGCAAAAGGAAUUACUAAGCCCACUCCUAUCCAAGUCCAAGGAAUACCCACGGUUUUAUCAGGACGUGACAUGAUUGGCAUAGCUUUCACCGGUAGUGGUAAAACUCUGGUGUUUGUUCUCCCGAUCAUAAUGUUCUGUCUCGAGCAAGAGACAGCCAUGCCAUUUAUGCGAAACGAAGGACCGUACGGUCUAAUUAUUUGUCCAUCGCGUGAAUUGGCCAAGCAGACUUACGACAUCAUACAACAUUAUACAAACAGUCUGAGACAAGCUAGUUGUCCAGAGAUACGCAGCUGCCUAGCGAUUGGUGGUGUGCCUGUAUCCGAAUCCUUAGAAGUUAUUAAUAAAGGAGUGCAUAUCAUGGUGGCCACUCCUGGUCGGCUCAUGGACAUGUUGGAUAAGAAGAUGGUGAAGCUCAGUGUCUGCCGCUAUCUCUGCAUGGAUGAAGCAGAUCGUAUGAUAGACAUGGGAUUCGAAGAGGACGUUCGAACAAUUUUUUCCUUCUUCAGAGGUCAAAGGCAAACCCUGCUGUUCUCAGCCACCAUGCCGAAGAAGAUUCAAAAUUUUGCCCGCUCCGCCUUGGUAAAACCCGUAACCAUCAACGUGGGUCGUGCAGGAGCUGCAUCCAUGAACGUCAUCCAGGAAGUAGAGUACGUCAAACAAGAGGCUAAAAUCGUGUACCUACUGGAGUGUCUGCAAAAGACGCCACCACCCGUCCUCAUAUUCGCCGAGAAGAAGCAAGACGUGGACGCCAUCCACGAAUAUUUACUUCUAAAGGGAGUAGAAGCGGUCGCGAUUCACGGAGGAAAGGACCAAGAAGAAAGGUCGCGAUCGGUGGAAGCAUUCCGAGCCGGCAGAAAAGACGUUCUAGUAGCUACGGACGUAGCGUCCAAGGGUCUCGAUUUCGCGGAUGUGCAGCACGUUAUUAAUUACGACAUGCCGGAUGACGUCGAAAAUUACGUCCAUCGCAUCGGAAGAACCGGUCGUUCCGGACGUACGGGAAUAGCUACGACGUUCAUUAACAAGGCUAACGACGAGUCUGUGUUAUUAGAUCUGAAGCAUUUACUGAUGGAAGCCAAACAAAAGGUCCCUCCCUUCCUGCUCGAGCUCUGCUCGGAGAACGAGAAGUACCUGAACCUAGGAGACGAGCGGGGCUGCAGUUAUUGCGGUGGUCUCGGGCACAGAAUCACGGAGUGUCCCAAAUUGGAAGCCAUUCAGAACAAACAAGCCUCGAACAUCGGUCGUCGUGAUUAUUUGGCCAGCAACGCAGCGGAUUAUUAAUUCCGCUUCCGGCCCCGAACGUAUGCAGCUGUAAAUACACACAUAUUUUUUUUUGUGCUCGUUCGUCGCACAGAGUGUGCGUGUCGUGUCUUUCGAGUUUUGUAUAUCCGUAUACUAAAAUUCUCAGCGGAAUUGUACGUAUGAAAUGGCGAAACAUCGUAUGUAAUUCAUAACGCAUAGUUUUAACGGUAUUGCGUUGCAUUUAAUCGUGCUGUCGCCAGGCUGAGAGCGUUGAAUACAUCUGCGGAAUAAUGGCUCGCAUUGCAAACUGCAGCCAGUUCGGUGCUGUCGCCUCGGCUCAUUAUCGUCAGUAGUUCCUCGGAACUUCCCAAGAUACAGGCGGAGUCCCAUGACGAAACUUAGUUUCCCUAUUCCAACUCGGAACAUUCUCAGGAUAAAUGUUAACGUGCCCACACAAGGUGGGUUGCGGGACUGAUAAACUCGCCCGUGUACACUGGCGGUCACGAAUGGCUUCCUCGUGUACAUGGUGCAGCCUGGUGGUAGUAACGUAAACGUAACAUAAAAAGCGAGCUCGAGAACUUAUGUACUUGCGGUACCCGAUGUAUAAUAAACUGUAAAAUAAUUAAUGUAAUAA